UAAAAUAGAUAUCCAUUAGUUUUGUUUUAGUUGCCAACCUUGACUGUUGAACAGAGGGAUCUUAGGUACACACCAUAACAUUUAUAAAAACAUUUGUAGAGCGCGGAGUUGGAUGUGACAGAAUUAAUAGUGUGGUUUACCUGCAAUGAGGAUGUUUUGGACAUAUGUGGUUUUUUUGUGGUUUGCAGUUGGAGAUUCUGCUAAUCUUGCACCGGCAGACGAUGUCAGUAAUUUUGUGGACAACUGGGAUUAUCAUGUUGAACGUCAUAGUGAGCCUUUGCUGAAUUUUUCUUCGUCAAAUCAUGAUUUACCCCCUCCCCCUAAGGUUCACAAUAUCCAAGUGUUGGUGAAGAAGAAGAAAAGACCUAAGUUACCCAAAAUAAUGGGAAAUGCUGUCUACAGUGUGAUAAAAUGUAACUGGUGCCAUAUAGGCGUUUCUCUCUUCAUCGAGGAGCUUAAGAAAGGAGCUUCUGUUGAUAUCCUGAAGACGAAAAUAGUGAAGCUAUGUGUUGAGUUUAACCUCAGCACUGAAGAAGUAUGUGCUGGUCUUGUUGAUGUUUUUGGACCAACUGUAUUAGCUGCAGCCCAAAAGACACAAUUAAAUGUAGAACAGAUUUGCAGUUUGGCGUUGGGUGAAGCUUGUGGUGAUAAGAUUAAGAAUCCUCUCCACCAAUGGCAGGUAACAUUUCCUGACGUAAAAAAACCUCCAGUAUAUAGAUUCAAAGCUCCAAAAAAAGGAUCGCCUACUUUCAAAAUUCUCCAUCUGACAGAUACCCAUCUAGAUCCAGAUUAUGCAGAGGGUACUGUUUCCAAUUGCAACGAGCCACUGUGUUGUCGCAAUGAUAGUACCGAAGGUAUCCCUGAUGUCAUUCCUUCAGGAAAGUGGGGUGCUUAUGCCAAAUGUGAUUCACCAAAAAUACUUAUUGAUAAUAUGUUGAAGCACAUCAACGAACAGCAUCCGGAUAUCGAUUUCAUUCUAUGGACAGGCGAUUUACCACCACACGAUAUUUGGAGACAAACGAAGGAGUCAAACUUGGCCAUAAUCAAGGAAACUACCAGACAAAUGCUGGAACACUUUCCAACAACACCAAUUUUUCCUGCAGUUGGUAACCAUGAAUCCAUACCUGCUGGAACAUUCGCCCCUCCUUGGGUAGAAGAAGAUAAUUCGACUUCUUGGUUGUUCAACGAAUUAGCCAACCAUUGGAAACGAUGGUUGCCUGAGUAUUCUACGACCACAGUUUUGAGAGGUGCUUUUUACUCAGUUUUGCUGAGACCAAAGCUGAGACUGAUAUCGAUGAACACAAACUACUGUCAUACUUAUAACUGGUGGCUUCUAGUCAAUAGCACUGAUCCCGCAAAAGAAUUACAAUGGCUCAUCAACGAGCUCCAACAAGCUGAAAAUGAGCAAGAGAGAGUUCUGUUGAUUGGUCACAUUCCACCAGGAGUUCACGAUUGUUUGAAGGUGUGGUCGGAAAAUUUCUACCGUAUCGUUGGCCGUUAUGAGAGUACCAUAAUCGCCCAGUUUUAUGGCCAUACCCACGCAGACGAAUUCCAAAUGUUUUACGAUCCCGACGACCUGAGUAAGAAUGUGUCCAAGAGGAGAAGAUUGAGGCCUAAUUUGAAAAAACCUCUAAAUUUUACAGGUCGUCCUGUCAACAUAGCUUAUCUUGGUCCGUCUGUAACCACUUUCGAAAACCACAAUCCUGCCUAUAGAAUUUAUUAUAUCGAUGGUGAUUAUGCAGACUCUACUGGGGCUGUAUUGGACCAUGAAACCUGGUCAACAAACCUAGAAGAAGCAAACAAAAGAGGAGAACCCGAAUGGUAUAGAUUAUACACGGCUAGAAGAGAUCUUGACAUAGAAUCUCUUCAACCUGAGGACUGGAAUGGUUUCCUCAAAAAGAUCAUAGAGGUUCCAGAUACUUUUUACCAAUUUUACAAAUAUUACUACAGGGACAGCCCUGCCAGGCCUAAAUGCGAUAACAAAUGCAAGCUCCAAAUUUUGUGCGAUUUGAGGAGUGGUAAAUCACAUCAUCGCCAUCUACUUUGCCAAGAUUUGGAAGAGAAGUUUGGGAGUUGAUGAAAAUUGAAUCUGUUUGGAAUGGGACUUAUUAUACCAGUGAAGAUAUUUGCUAGAUUUUCUUGCCACGUUUAUUACCAGUGAAGGUGUAUCUUUAAGGAUUGGUUUUAUGUACAUAUUUUUAUACAGUUUUUUGUAGAGAUAUAUUUUACGAGUACCAAAGAUCUUUUCGAAAUAAAGACCGAAUUCGGUGCUUUCUA